AUGGCUUCCGCCACUGCAACCAAACUCAACCGCAAGGCCCUAAUAGGAUCGUCCACAAGCUUUUGGUCUCACACUUCGCAGUUGGGAUUCGAUCUUACACAUCCAUCUACUCACUCUUCGCCAAUCUCUGAUCCUAACUAUACAAUCCAAACAUCAGCUCAGCCCAUCAAGGUUGACCCUGCUAAAUCCGCCCUUAUCAUCAUUGAUAUGCAGAACUUCUUUCUCUCUGAAGCUUUUGGCCGCAACCAACAGGGUGCUGGACAUGCCGCUUGCGAGCAACUUGUCAAACAUGCAAUACCAGCUGCAAGAAAGUCAGGAAUCCGGGUGGUUUGGGUAAACUGGGGCCUUACAGAAGAAGAAGUUAAAGAGAUGCCACCUGCAGUCAAACGUGCUUUUGGGUUCUUUGCUAUUCCUGCGGAUUCAGACUUCAAUGCAGAUGAUGCGUUUGGAUAUCACAAAAGCAGCGUGAGUGUAGAUCGCCAUGGAGAGGAGAACAAAUCCAUGUACUGUGGCAUAGGCGCCGAGUGCGGAACCCUUGCACUUCCAGAUGGAAAAUAUGUUUCGGGUGGCCGACUUCUCAUGCGCGAUACAUGGAAUGCCGCACUAUACCCUCCUCUUGACGCCAUGUACACUGAGGGUGGCAAGCUUGAUAGUAGGCCCGACGUUUGGAUUCACAAGAAUAGGAUGAGCGGUUUAUGGGGGGCCACGACCCCAUUGAAAGAGUUUCUCGACCAAGAGGGUAUCAGGACACUGUUCUUCACUGGGGUCAACACAGAUCAGUGUGUGGGCGGAACUUUGACGGAUGCUUUUAGCAAUGGAUAUGAUUGCGUUCUUUUGAGCGACGGUUGUGGGACUAGCUCGCCAGAGUAUGCACAGCAGUGUUGGGAGUACAACGCCAGUAAGACGUUUGGAUUCUGCGCGAGUUGUGAGCAGUUUGCAAAUGGCGUAGUGGGCUGA